AUGGCUAAUCUUCAUUUGCGAACAAUUGCAAGAAUGUCGGUAGAAGAUGUCUACAUCUUGAAGGAGCUUGCCAUCAUUCUCCCAGCAACGCCCCCUCUGCGGCCCUUUGCUGACUCGGCCAUCCUGCCAGAACCACCCGCCUCUCUCAUCGUUCCGGACCUCCAUCUGGGCAGGCAGUGUGGCUACUUGGAGGCCAUGCAAGACCAGGGCACCUAUGAUUCUUUGUACUGGGUUACCCCAGACCCACCUCCUGUGACGAGACCUAGCCUGAAGACAGGAACGUGGUGGCGGCUUCUUACGGUGAUGUCUUGGCUCUUCUGCCUGCCUUUGCUGGCUUCCACUGUCAUCCUGAGCCUCAAGGUCAUUCAGGCAUCGGAACUCAUCGGCAAGCAGGAAGAAAUCCUGGCAAACCUCUCUCUUCAACAGCGUGUCUGCUCUGAAAGGCUGCAGGUGUGCCAAGUUCAGAUCCAGAUGUCCACUAGCCCAGAAUCCAACUGCAGCCUCUGUCUGGAACCCUGGGUAAUGAACGGAGAAAGCUGUUACCUCUUCUUUGACGGGUGGAAGAACUGGGCUUCCAGCAGUGAGUUCUGCGUGCAGGAGAAGUCCGAGCUCCUGAAGAUUGGCAGCAAAGAAGAGCUGGCAUUUAUCAACCGGAAUAUUGAAAGAAAGAAGACAGGAUCCUCCUGGAGUUACUGGGUGGGGCUGACGCAGGAUAAAUGUUAUGGAGACUGGCGCUGGCGGGACAGCACCGUUCCCUCUUCUGACUUAUGGCCAAAUCAGCAUUCCUGGUCAGCUGGGGAAGCCUGUGGCCACCUCACCCGGGGUGCACUCUCCUCGGCAAGCUGCAGCAAAUGGAAGUAUUUUAUCUGUGAAAAAUGUGCCAGCUCUGCGAGGGGACUUCCAGCUGGAUUAACACCCUGACACCAGCCAGAUGCCAGCAGGAUCACAGGGCAGCUGGGCCCCUGGGGCUAGUCCUGUGGGACUGUCCACCUCCCAUCCCCAUCCCUGCUCCAUCCAAACCACCGACUCUUAUCCUAUUGUGGCUGAUGGUCAUUGUCUGAAGGUCGGCUCGGGCGAGAGGGAGAAUUUAUUUCUGCCCAUGUAAGAGGCAGAAAGGGCAAAGCAGAGGGUGAGAGAGAGAAAGAUGUUUAUGGGGUCAGUAAACCCUAAUCUGAAUUGCUUCUCUAUCCUUUCAGAUUUUUGAUUUCCUUCUCAA